AUUCCUAUUCUCUCCAUUUUUGAUGAACCAAACGCCCCUUAUUAUCCUCCUAUAUCUACCUUUUGUUUGCAUGUCAAUAUUUCAACCUCAUCCUCCUUCUCAAAGCCAUGCAAACACUUCAAAAUCCUUUAAUUGAUCCUCCUGAUUACUUGCAAGACAAGGAUGUUCUUCAAGAAUGCAAGGAUUUAAUAGCCUCACUACCCACAGAAAAAGGGUGGGUUGCAAAUUAUCUACAUCAAUACCAAGGCUUUUGGCACACAACUAGGCAACUCAAAGGAGUUAUUUCUUGCCAAAAUCAUUUCCAAGCUCAAAAUUCUGAUAUCUUCCUUGUAACCACUCCUAAAUCAGGUUCAACUUGGCUUAAAUCAAUCAUAUUUGCUUUAGUGAACCGGGUUCACUUCCCAAACCCUAAAACACACCACCCUUUGCUCACUCAUAACCCACACCAUCUCGUUCCUUUCUUAGAGUAUCAAUACAUCAAAACCCAGUUUCCUGACGAUGUCAUGAUCGAAUCUCCGAGAUUUUUCUCGACCCAUUUACCGUUUUCUUCUCUUCCGAAAUCAGUGGCGGAAUCAGGAUCUAAGCUUGUUUACUUGUGUAGAAACCCUAAAGACACUUUUGUGUCUAUGUGGCACUUCACUAACAAGUUAAGACCUAAUGAAAAAGGUGAAAAUUCACUGGAAGAGACUCUUGAAAAAUUCUGUAGAGGUGUGAGCUUGUACGGACCGUUUUGGGAUCAUGUUUUAGGGUAUUGGAAGCAAAGCUUGGAGAAUCCUGAAACGGUUUUGUUCUUGAAAUAUGAAGAUUUCAAGAAAAAGCCUAAAGAACAUGUAAUGAAAUUAUGCGAAUUCUUGGGUUGUCCUUUUUCUGAAGAAGAAGAAAAUAAUGGUGUGAUUGAUGAAAUCUUGAACUUGUGUAGUUUUGAUAAUUUGAGCAGUCUUGAAGUGAAUAAGACCGGGAAGUUGCCGUCCGGGGAGGAGAAUAGUGCAUUUUUCAGGCGAGGUUUGAUCGGAGAUUCUGAGAAUUAUCUGACGGAUGAGAUGUCAGAAAAAAUGGACCGCAUCACUCAGGAAAAAUUGCAGGGUUGUGGAUUAUAUUUGUAAUGUAAGGUCAUCAUCAGUACUCUAUGGAUUAUUCUCAUAAUUUUGGCAUAUCAUCUAUUAAUGGUUGAACAUUAGUCUAUUAUUACUGUGUAAUGGUUGGCUUAAAAGUUUAUUGUCCUUUUGUCGCAUUAUAAUCAAAUAUUAUGUGGGAUUCGACC